AGCUGCAGCUCUGGAACAGUUCAAGUCUCUAGGUGCUGAGCCUUUGGAAGUAGACUUAAAGGAGUCUGGAGAGGGACAAGGUGGUUAUGCUAAAGAAAUGUCCAAAGAAUUUAUUGAAGCUGAAAUGAAACUCUUUGCCAAGCAGUGCCAAGAUGUUGAUAUUAUCAUCACUACAGCACUUAUUCCAGGCAAAAAAGCUCCCAUCUUAUUUAAGAAAGAUAUGAUUGAAUCAAUGAAGGAAGGUUCAGUUGUUGUGGAUUUAGCUGCAGAAGCAGGAGGGAACAUUGAGACUACAAAACCUGGAGAAAUGUAUGUUCAUAAGGGUGUUACACACAUUGGCUACACAGACCUGCCUAGCAGAAUGGCUACUCAGGCCAGUACUCUGUAUUCCAAUAAUAUUAUCAAACUCCUAAAGGCUAUUAGUCCUGACAAAGAGAACUUUUACUUUGAUCCAAAAGAUGAAUUUGAUUAUGGAACUCUGGAUCAUGUUAUUAGAGGAACUGUAGUAAUGAAAGAUGGCAAGGUGAUUUUCCCAGCACCUCCACCAAAUAACAUUCCUCAAGGAGCGCCUGUGAAGCAGAAGACUGUAGCAGAGCUGGAAGCGGAAAAAGCAGCUACUAUUACACCUUUUAGAAAAACUAUGACUAGUGCAUCUGUGUACACAGCAGGCUUAGCUGGCAUGUUAGGACUGGGCAUUGCAUCUCCUAAUACUGCUUUCACGCAAAUGGUGACAACAUUUGGCCUAGCUGGAAUAGUGGGUUACCAUACAGUAUGGGGCGUGACUCCUGCUCUUCACUCUCCACUCAUGUCAGUGACUAAUGCUAUCUCAGGACUGACUGCAGUUGGUGGACUGGUAUUGAUGGGAGGAAACUAUCUCCCUGAAAACACUCCUCAAAGUCUAGCAGUGCUUUCAGCCUUUAUCUCUUCAGUCAAUAUUGCAGGUGGGUUUCUAGUUACACAGAGAAUGCUGGAUAUGUUCAAACGUCCCACAGAUCCUCCUGAGUACAACUACUUGUACCUACUUCCUGGUGGUGUAUUUGUAGGAGGCUAUGCAGCUGCUCUCAGUGGUGGCUAUAAUACUGAACAGAUGAUGUAUCUGGGCUCUGGCCUAUGCUGUGUUGGUGCCCUGGCUGGACUGUCCACCCAAGGAACAGCUCGUCUUGGAAAUGCUUUGGGUAUGAUUGGUGUUGCAGGAGGUUUAGCAGCAACUCUUGGAGGCCUUAAACCCUCACCUGAAUUGUUGGCACAGAUGUCAGGUGCAAUGGCACUUGGUGGUACCAUAGGUUUGACGAUUGCUAAACGCAUCCAGAUUACAGAUCUGCCUCAGCUAGUGGCUGCUUUCCAUAGUUUGGUUGGUUUGGCUGCUGUGCUCACCUGUGUAGCAGAAUACAUGAUUGAAUAUCCUCACUUCGCUACUGAUCCAGCUGCAAACCUCACCAAGAUUGUGGCGUACCUUGGCACCUACAUUGGUGGAGUGACUUUCAGUGGCUCUCUUGUCGCUUAUGGAAAACUGCAAGGUAUCUUGAAUUCUGCACCACUGCUCUUGCCUGGUCGACAUGCAUUGAAUGCAGGGUUGCUGGCUGCCAGCGUUGGCGGAAUGGUUCCGUACAUGAUUGAUCCUAGUUACACUAUGGGAAUUACUUGCUUAGGUUCUGUGUCAGCUCUCUCAGCCAUAAUGGGCGUCACUUUAACAGCAGCUAUUGGAGGUGCUGACAUGCCUGUAGUUAUUACUGUCCUGAACAGUUACUCUGGAUGGGCUUUGUGUGCUGAGGGCUUCCUACUGAACAACAACUUGCUGACCAUUGUUGGUGCACUCAUUGGCUCCUCUGGGGCCAUCCUGUCUUACAUCAUGUGUGUGGCUAUGAACCGUUCCCUUGCGAAUGUGAUUCUAGGGGGCUAUGGGACCACAUCAACAGCUGGUGGGAAACCCAUGGAAAUUACUGGAACCCACACAGAAAUCAACGUGGACAAUGCAAUUGAAAUGAUAAAGGAAGCCAAUAAUAUUAUUAUUACUCCAG